CGAACAAAUAUAAACCCACAAGCAAUUUAACGUAAAACAACACUGGCAGCGCCACUUGAUAUAGACCUCUCCUCCAAUGACUGCUUAGCCUAUAAGUGGACAAGUGACAGGAUACUGCGGAUGCUUGCUUUCUAGACACACAUGCUACGCACAGCCUUUUGAAUGUCACCUACUUAUUGCAACCGAACAGCGGAGUGACAGCCCUCGGAGAGAAACUUAUUUGGCUACAUUAUUGGUGAGUAUAAAGCAACUUCUUGUUCCUCUUGUGGAAUUUCAGAAUUUGACAAUUAAAGGGCUACUACUCUAUGAUGGUUUUAUGUUCCACUUGUUUUAAUUUCAUAACUGGUUUUAGUAUAAAGCACAUGUGAAGCAGCCUAACCAGUCAGUUAUUCAUUGCAAGUUAUGCAAGACACAGAACUGUGGUAUUUUCUGGUUGCCUAGUCGGGCUAUUGCAUAAGACCUCUUUCACUGUGGUCUAUAAUAACUUUAUGUAGCCUACAUGGAUAAGGCCUCACUAAAUCAAAUAACACUGCUCUUGAAGUGCUUGAAAUCUACUUUUGUGCUAAUUUAUUAUAUAAGUAUGUUACUUUUAUGUUAGUGUAUGAACUUGUGAAGGCCUACAGAAAAACUACUUUUAUACUGUAUUAUUUCAGAGAUUUAAAUUAAAUUUGAGCCAUCAUACAUGAUUUCUAAAGUACCAUCUCUCAAAUUACAGUACAAAACAUAGACUCCUUAGGGUAAUGAUUCACGCCAUGGUUAUCCAAUUCUUGGAUGUGCUCUUGCUCCACAAAUUAAAGGCCACUGUCUGCUUUUUUUCACACAUACAAUGGUCAUUAAUUUGACGCAGCCCAAGUUGUAUCAAUAUUGACUUUGAUCUGUCAGCAGACAUGCUGUAACAUUGCUGAUCCAUAGUGACUGUUUUGGUCCUGUCUGUUAACUCCUGGUCUAAUAUGUUUAUGUCAGUACAAGUAUGUAAUGAGUGUUAAAUGCUGAAAUGAAACAAUACUUUAGAACUUCUGAUUCAGUGUGGUGGAUUAAUCUUUUUGGUUGUCUUUUUUGCAGAAUAUUGUAUAUCAUCAACCACCUGCUGAGGCUACCACACAAUGGAUGUCCUUUGCAUAUUAUCCCAGUGUCUAAGAAAACUCUCAAACCAGCUCUGUAAACUUAGAUAACAAUUAUUGUUUUACCCUUCCCUUUAGCCUCUUAUUGACCAGAGCUCGGAAAGGAGUAAGAAAAUAGCUAUAUUCUUUGAUUUGAGGCAGGACACCUGAAACAUUUAUUUAUUGAAUCUCAAAGAAGCAAUAUACCUCAUUAUUUAUUAAUCAUAUAAUCUUGGAAAGCAUUGUUAAGUUAUUAUGAAACUAUCCUAAUAUUUAGAAUUUAGUUUUGAGAUUCAAACACAAGUUUUUUGCAAUGGAAUCUACCACUAUAGCAUCUCUUGCAGCAGCCACCACUUUAGCUACCGCGGCCUAUUCGAGCGAUAUGUCAGGCUACCUGUGGCUACUGAUCCUGGGCUUUGUUAUUGCCUUCAUCCUGGCCUUCUCUGUGGGGGCCAAUGAUGUGGCCAACUCAUUUGGCACGGCGGUGGGCUCUGGCGUGGUCACCCUACGGCAGGCCUGUAUCCUGGCCACUAUCUUUGAGACGGUGGGCUCCAUGCUGCUGGGGGCCAAAGUCAGCGAGACCAUCCGCAAGGGCAUCAUCGACGUGAACAUGUACAACGGCUCCGAACACGUGCUGAUGGCAGGCUCCAUCAGUGCCAUGUUUGGUGAGUGCUUAUAUGAUGGUCACUGUUAGGAGUUCAGAAACUCCUUGCAUGCUAUGUUGAUUUGAAAGGUCUCAAAAGCAUUUAUUGAUAUCCUUUUGAAAAGGGCAACAAAUGAGGACUUUGUUCAUCCUUGUGUCCUACAGGUUCUGCUGUGUGGCAACUGGCCGCUUCAUUUUUGAAGCUCCCUAUAUCUGGAACCCACUGUAUUGUGGGUGCAACAAUUGGUUUCUCCAUGGUAGCCAAAGGUCAUCACGGGGUCAAAUGGAUGGAGCUACUACGCAUUGGUAUGUAAAUGACUGUGGAGAUAUGCUGCAAUAGGGACUAUGCCGCAAUAGUGACUUGCACAGACAUUUUUAUUGUGAGAUGAUAAGACUACAUUAAAAGGGUGACAUGCAUGCUUAUGACAAGUCUUACAAUGCAUUAUAUCUGUAUCAUAAUGCAUUAUAUAUGUCUGUGUUAAGUAAAGUGUUAACAAAUAGUGUUGGUCAGAGACUAGUUAAAAUAUGCUUUGAAAGGAUUCUCUUUUAAAAUGCCCCUCUUUUCUCUCUGUAGUGGCAUCUUGGUUCCUCUCACCUCUGCUGUCAGGCAUCAUGUCAGCAAUUCUCUUCUAUUUCGUUCGAAAGUUCAUCCUGAAUAAGGUAAGAGGGCUAAACCUGUAAUUCACUCUUGUUUUUAGUGUUUAAACCUUCCUCUGGGGAGUGAAUGUAGAAGGAUAAAAUGACUGUUUCAACACAACAUGGGGAGUAUCUGAGGAAUAUAUGAAAUAACAGUGAUAUUUAAGAAGAGAUCCUUAACUAUGUACUCCGAGCCAGAUAUUACCCAUCCUGUCUUCCUCAGGAGGACCCUGUUCCCAACGGCCUGAGAGCUCUCCCUGUCUUCUAUGCUAUCACCAUGGCCAUCAACCUGUUCUCCAUCAUGUUCACUGGAGCCCCCUGUGAGUACAAUACACACUCUAUCACGAUGCACACAUACACACCACCUACUUCAUCCUCUCAAACCACUCUCUCACAGCACUAAUGCAGGGACCAUUGACACCCCUGGAGCACGCUUGAUGCCUUAUAAAAAAGUGUCACUGGAGGCACCAAGGAGUCUGCUUUGAUGACAUCUCUAAAUAUUUCACUCCUAUGUUUUGUCAUUCAGUGUAUUUAACAACCUGAAUCUCAGAAAAGCAAGCCUACCGCUGUCAGAACUUCUGCAAUAACAUUUCUUAUACUGUGUUUUGGAAUACAAUUUUCUUUUCAAGUUGAAUGAGCCACUGAGAGAAAUAUUAAAUGAGAAAUGUGUGUUUCACUUGCAGGGCUGAACUUUUCGAGAAGUCAACUGGCCUGGGAUUAAUACACACCAUAACCCCUGCACACAGCACACAUACAGCACACAUAGACAACAAUAUGUAGGCUAUUCUGUAUGGUAUUGCUAAUUUAGCAGGACAACAUUUUUUACCACGCUCGUUUUAAUGCUUGCCCACAUACUCUUUUCACAUACUCUUGUCCACUUUUUCUGUUUCUCAGACACUCACAGUAUCACAACUAAUGUUCAUAAUCUCAUUCACUCCAACAGACACACAUAAUCAGAACCACACAAUUUUGUGUAGCAUCAUUUAGAGCAGGGCUCUCCUACCCUUUUCCUGGAGAGCUACCGUCCUGUAGGUUUUCACUCCAACCCUGUUCCCGGAGAGCUACCGUCCUGUAGGUUUUCACUCCUACCUUAAUCUAGCGCACCUGUUUCUAAUAAUUAGCUGGUUGAUAAACUGAAUCAGGUUAGUUACAACUGUGGUUGGAGUGAAAAUCUACAGGAGGGUAGCUCUCCAGGAACAUGGUUGGAGAACUCUGAUUGACGAGAUAAGAAGUGUUCUUUUGGGAGCCUCUUGCUAUAUCUAUGGCAGUAGGAGAUUCAUUGUCACUACAUUACAGCAUUUUCCAUCCUGUAUAUUUGCAUUAUUCGUCUCUGCCUUUGGCUGUAAAUGGUGUUUUGCUCCCUCUCUCUUACUUCUGUCAAGUCUUCAUUAAAAUAGGCAGAGCUAGACAUCUUAUUUUGCUUCAUAUACCACUAUGAGACACUUUGAUAGAGCAUCUCUUAAUUAAAUGUACUAGUUAGCCAUACGUUAGUCUAUUACAUUUCAUUCUCUACCGGAUUAAACAGGUAAGUAUUUGAUGAAAAUUGUGUUACUAACCAUAUAGUAUAAACAUAUGUUAAUAAGUAAGAAACAAAAAAGUAAAAACAAUUACUAGUGGUUGGUACAUAGUAAUGCACUGGCCUAUUUUAAAGUGACCCUAAAUCACAUAAUCACUGUGCCACAGCGCCUGUCUGACUCCCAUUAUCUGUUGUGCGGAGCAUGUACUCUGUCUGAUACUGCUAAUCUCUGAGGACGUACACAAACAGUUUAGCUGGAAGUUCAAAAGUUUUCAAGAAAUCUACCACGUGUCUCCCAUCUCAUGUGAUUAUGAAGUAGGCAGGGGCAUAGAAACUACCAUCAAAGGACAGCAUUUGGUUUGUAGUAUCCUAGUGAUUAUCUAAAAUGACUUUGAAGGCACAAGCAAUAGUACACUCAAUAGUGUACUGGCCAUUUGCAUAACUUAAAUGAUAAGGUCACGUUCUACUUAAUUCAAAUUACUGAAGUAUGUACAAUUUCUAAUUUUAGAAAAUGCAUCUAACCCAACUACGAAUGUAAACUGAGACAUGUUCGAUGUUUUGGACAGAAUUUUGUUGCUAUGACUGUGAUAUAAUACAGUGGGAAAUGUUGACAUUCCCAUGGCAGGUGCUGUGUAUGAUGACCUUGGAUUAUGUGGAGGGUACAUGCUUUAGUGAAAGCAUCCUCUGAGCAUUCUGUUCCUCAUUCCCUUGUCCUGUACAUAGUGCUGGGGUUCGACAAAAUGCCAUGGUGGUUAACACUGCUCAUCUCGCUAGGCUGCGCCCUCAUCACAGCCAUGGUCGUGUGGUUCUUCGUCUGUCCACGGCUCAAGAAGAAGAUCAGGCGUAAGUGGCAUUGCUGUCCUUUUUCAUUCAUUUGCACAAAAUAAAUACUGGACUUCAAACUUGUGUUGAUUUAAAGGGAAUUGACUGAUAUGAAGAUAAUCCUGAUUGCUCCCUUUCUGCCUGUUUGUCAAUCAGGUAAAGUGGCCUCCAGCCCCUGUAUGACUCCACUGAUGGAGAAGACCCCUUCCAAACCUGCCCCACAGGAGCAUCCCUCCACAAUUCAUCCUUUUGACUCUGUUCCCCAGACACCGCCAGCCUAUGCGAAAAGGGCGGCCUUUAAGAUUGGAGGCUCAGAGGAGGCUGAUCUGGACAGCAACAUGGACACCAAAGACUUAGAAGCUAGCAAUGGUGAGAUCCCCUUACUUUGUUGCAAGUGACUAGUGACCAUUUUAAUUAGGGCACAAGACAUUAUUUGUAAAGGUAUACAUUUUAUAUAGAUAAAGUAUUAUAAUAUUAUUACAUUACUAUAAUAAGUAUUAUAGUAUUUGUACACUCAUCAUUAUUGUUUGAACUGAAUGUAUUAUUGCUGGUUAUCCUUCUUAGGUAUUAAUGGCAUGGGCCCCAUGACCAUCACGGACCCACACAGUGGUCAGGCUCACACUGUACACAAGGACUCAGGGCUCUACAAAGACCUGCUGCACAAGCUUCACCUAGCCAAGGUGGGUGACUGCAUUGGUGACGAUGAUGGACGGCCCAUACGGCGGAACAACAGCUACACGUCCUACACCCUGGCCAUCUAUGGCAUCCAUGGGGACCCCAGAUACAAGGAGGGAGAUCUAGCAGAUCAGCGGAAGAGAUUGCGGCAUGACAGCUACAACAGCUACUGCUCAGCUGUAGCAGAUGGUGGCACAGUGGCUAAGGAGGAGGCAGGGGCUGUGGGGCUGACACUGGAGGCUGGCAAGGAUAUACUUCUAGAGGAGGAUGAGCUGGAGGUGGACCGGCCAGAGGUCACACAUCUCUUCCGGUUCCUCCAGAUUCUCACUGCUUGUUUCGGCUCUUUCGCCCAUGGAGGCAAUGAUGUCAGGUAUGCUAGGAUAGAGAAUAUAGAGAAAGAAUUACUGUCUGUGUAUUAUCAUAGGCUGAUUAUAGGCUGUUAUCCUCUCACAGUAAUGCGAUUGGUCCUCUGGUGGCCCUGUGGCUCGUGUUUGAGAGUGGCUCUGUGGUGUCCGAUGCCCCCACACCCAUCUGGCUGCUGUUGUAUGGAGGAGUGGGCAUCACUGUUGGGCUCUGGGUGUGGGGACGCAGAGUGAUCCAGACCAUGGGCAAGGACCUCACCCCAAUCACCCCCUCCAGGUAUGCCAUGCACUGAAACUAUCACCCCCUCCAGGUAUACCAUGCACUGAAAGUAAAUAUCUGAGUUUUACAGAAGUCUUUGGGCCAAUACAACAAUAUAUCACAUUGUUCAAACUCCCAAUGUUUAUUCAGUAUGAAUAUCAUUCACUGUACUCUUGUUUCUUAUUACACAGUAUACUGUAUAACCUCUUGCGAAUCUUAUUUGCUUCCUCCAGUGGAUUUAGCAUUGAACUGUCCUCAGCACUCACAGUGGUAGUGGCCUCCAAUAUUGGUCUCCCUGUCAGCACAACUCACUGCAAGGUAAUUCAAGUUUAAAUGUAUAGAUGAGUCUGUCCAAUUUCUUAGCCUAACGAGAAACUGUCUAUAGUGCUAUAACACUGUUAUAAAAUAUUUUGGAAAAUGUGUGUUUUAUAACACCAUACCGGAGGAGUCGCAUGACACGUUAAUAAGUAACAAUUCAUUAAUUCAUUCAUUGACCAGUGUGAAACGGUAGAAACCAGUGUGAACCUGUGCAUAGUGUUGAGUAAAGUUUCUGUUAUGCAUUCUCAGGUGGGCUCUGUGGUUGCUGUUGGAUGGCUGCGCUCCAGGAAGGCUGUUGACUGGCAUCUGUUCAGGAACAUCUUCAUCGCCUGGUUUGUAACCGUCCCCAUCUCUGGGCUCAUCAGUGCUGCCAUCAUGGCUCUCUUCACCUAUGUUAUCCUGUGA